UCCUCAGCUCUCUGUCUUUUCUAAAAGGGCAUUUUACUUUAGGCCAUAUAUUUUCUAAAACUAGAAACAUGAAUUCUUUGGGAAGACAAAGUUUUGACUAUUACGUUGAAGAUCUCAUGGGGAAGCUACGGCUUCCAGUCAUCUGACAAUUUCCUAUGCUCCGAUAAUAUUAGAUAAAACCUCUUCAUCAGCAAUGCAUCACAGGCCCACAGCACUAUUUUUCAUAUUCAACAAAACUUCUCUUUGCAUAGAUAUGUGUCUGUAAAAACAGAACAUUCAUACCGAGGCCAGAGUGCCAUAGAAGGUAAUUAUAGAGCCAGGAAGGUCAUUUUAUGCCAGGAAAAAUAAAAUGCUGGGUGUCUCAUGAAAUUUCAGAACCCAGUUUCAAAAGGAUCAUAACAAAGAGGAAAUAAAAUUCAGCAUGGUGGACCGCUCCACAGGAUAUAUUUUAUUAUUUUUCUUUUAGAUUAAUGGGAUGUUUACAUAUACCAUUGCCACCAACAUGAGAAAAAAGUGAUCAUCAUUGAUUUGCAGCUUGAUGAGAUUCCAAAGACUGCCUUUUUUCUUCUGAUUUUAGAGAAAAAUGAGCAGGCGGAAUUGCUGGAUUUGUAAGAUGUGCAGCAAUGAGUCCAAGAGACUCCCUUCAAACCUUACUCUGGAAGAAAUAUUACAGUGGGCCCAAUCUUUUGAAAAUUUGAUGGCUACCAAAUAUGGUCCAGUAGUCUAUGCAGCAUACUUAAAAAUGGAGCACAGUGAUGAGAACAUUAAAUUCUGGAAGGCAUGUGAAACUUAUAAGAAAAUUGCCUCACGGUGGAGCAGAGUUUCUAUGGCAAAGAAGCUUUAUAAGACCUACAUCCAGCCACAGUCCCCUAGAGAGAUUAACAUUGACAAUUCAACAAGAGAAACUAUCAUCAGGAACAUUCAGGAACCCACUCAAACAUGUUUUGAAGAGGCUCAGAAAAUAGUAUAUAUGCAUAUGGCAAUGGAUUCCUAUCCCAGGUUUCUAAAGUCAGAAAUGUACCAGAAACUUUUGAAAACUAUUCCUGACUGCCACUCAAAAGUUUAAAUUGAAGAUUGUAUAUAGCAAGUACUUGUUUUGAUCUUUUACUUUAGGAAAGCACAAAUCACAACAAAAGAAGGAAUAAAACAGAAAUCUAGCUAAAAAUUUAUUUCUAGUUCCAAAGAGAAAGAUUCCAAAAGGAAUGAACUUUACAAUUCUUAUAAGUAACACAAGGUAUAGGAUACCUAGCUUCAUUACAUUAACAGUAUAUAGUAGCCAACUAAUGGACUUUUAAUUAAUUUUGCUGUCAUCAUGCAUAGAUUACUUAUUUAAAAACUUUAUCUCUGUGAAUUAUGUCUCUAUCAUGAACGUAUUCUGCAAAUAUAGUAUUCUUAAUAACUCGAAUUAGUAGACAAAUUUGGUAUUUGUAAUUCAGUUGUAUUUUAUCAUGAGUAAUAUUAAAAAGAUACAUUCUUGAGAGAUAUUUAAUCUGUAUAAUUUUCCUAUUAAUCUGUUCAUAACUAAGAUUCUAUAACAUAUCUUAUACAUGUGAAAAAAUUGUGAUGUUCUUUAAAAUGUGUUUUUUCAUUUAUUCUUGCACUUAACAUUGCUAUAAGGAUAGAAAAUUUGAUUCUUAUUUUUUGAGAAUUGAUUCCUCACAAUAUAAAUUCUUCAUGAUCUUGGUAAUAAAUAAAUCUAAACAUAAAUUAAAAGUUAUAAACAUGCAUUUUUCAAGGACACAAAAAAGGUAUCAUUUCAGUAUAAAUUUCUAAAGGUCUAAUGUUGGUAUUUUAUAAUGGUGAAAAUAUAUAAUAUUUUUACUUUCCAUAGAUUUCAUAGAAAGUAUAAGGAGUUUAACACAUUCAUUUGAUCUUACCUUACUGUCAUUUAAAAGAUCAUUCUUUUAAAGACUACAGACUCAACAUCCACAUUUGGAAGCUCAACAUAGUACUUACACGUUUAACAGUUGAUCUCCUGCCUUUUAUACUUAAAAAAAAAUUCAGGUACUUCAAGUCUUGUAUUUUGAAAAAAAAAAAAAAAGAAAUCAUUAAAAAGUUAUUUCCACCCUGGGAAUCAUUUUCAAAUGUUCAUGUUUUUUCUUGGCUUUGGAAAGUAGAUUAAAAUAGAUGUUACCCUUGUUUUGAAACAAAGCUUCCCCUUUCUUCCCAGUGAUUCACUGCUUCUCUGUACCACAGCACUCUUAAUUCCAUGAGCCAUUACAUUUUAUUGUACCUAGAAGAAUGAUUUUGUUGGUCAUAUGCCUCCAUGGUUCACAGGGUCCCAGGCAUUUUGUCUGUAGUGUUUAUUCCACUUUUAAAAAGAGCAGCAUGAGUAACUGCACAGUCAGCCAUAACAAAUUCAGGUGCUGAGGAGGUCCAAGCCAUUAACCACCUUGAUCCCAGCUCUGAAACUAAGGAGGUCUUUCUAAAUAAAUGAGUGAAUAAACAAAGAGGCAGCACUGACAGAAUAAGAAAUCCACUUUGACUACACAUAAUGGAAAGGAUAGUAGAUUCAUUGUUAAGAAACUUUGGUUUCAACUCUAGAUAUCUCAAAUUAUUAACUACAUAAAUUUAUUCACCUCUGAGAAAUCUACAGAAAAUUAUAAAAGUUUCUUAUUCCAUCUGCUCUUCAGUUUCCUCAUCUUCAAAAUGAAGUAGUAAGACUAGAUAAUAGACAUCCCUAGCUCCUCUCCAGCUUCAAAAUUUUGUACCUUCAGUACUUUUAAGUAAUUAAGUGCAGCAUCUAAAGGGGUGUGUGUGACAUCCUGUCACCUGUCCUCUGACUUUGUACAGUUAAUAGUAAGACAUAUCUUCAAAACUGAACUUUGUCACUCAGGUACUCUUCUAAGAUCAUACAUGCUCAGAUGUUUAUAAAUCAUGAACAGUCACAUACAUACCCCCAUUCCCCUGCUCCAGGUCUCCCCAUAACAGUCACUGCUGAAUUCCAUGUUGGGCUUCAAGAAAAGGCCUCAGGAUUGUGAAAAACAGUAUACAGCUUCCUCAAAAAAUUAACAUAUUUUGUCCCAUAAUCCCAGAUAUGGAAUACUUAUAAAAACUUAAAUAUAUAGUAUAAAUCAUGUAAUCAUAUAAUUAUAUAACAUAAUCAUACUAAAUAAUUCUAAUUUUAAUUAAAAUAAGAAUAUAUAAGCCCUAGAUUAUGAUUUUCAACAUAUUUUAAUGCACGUAUGCCAACUUCAUUGAAAUAUUAGAUUUGAAAACUUGGGACUUAAUGGGUUAUAAAUAGACCUAUCUUGAUCCAGCACUGCACUUCUGGGUAUAUAUCCAGGGAUUGAACAGAAUCUCAAAGAGAUAUCCCUACUUCCAUCUUCUCCACAGCAUUAUUUACAAUAGCCAAGACAGGAGAACAAUCUAAAGGUCUUUCACAAGAUGAUUAGAUAAAGAAAAUAUGAGACCAGACAUAUAUACACACAAAUACAAGUUGAGUAUUCCUUAUUCAAAAUGCUUAGGACCAGAAGUGUUUCAGAUUUCAGAAUUUUUAUAUUUUUGGAUAAUUUGCAUACACAUGAGAUUUCUUGAGGAUGGAAUAUAAUCCUAAACGUGAAAUUAAUUUAUUUGUUUUAUAUGUACUUAUAUGUAUGUAUAUAUACAUACAGAGUAUAAUUUUAUAUGAUAUUUUUAGUGCUUCUAUGUUUUGACUAUGAUCCGCCACACAAGGUAAAGGUGUGGUAUUUUUAACUUGUAGCAUCAUGUUGGUGCUCAAAAGUUUUCAGAUUUUGAAGCAUUUCAGAUUUUGGAUUAGGGAUGCUCAACCUGUAUUAUGCAGUCAAAGAAAAAAGAAUGAAAUCCUCAUUUUUGCUAAAUGGAUGGAGGAAAGCCAAAUGAGUAAGACACAGAAAUACCACAUAUCUCUCUUACACAUGGAAUCUAAAACAGUCAAUCUCAUAGAAGAGGAGAAUAGCAUGGUGGUUGCCAGGGUUUGUGAGGAGGGGAAGGAUAGAUAUCAAAAGGUACAAAGUUUCAGAUAUGAAAGGUGGGUAAAUUCCAGAGAUCUAAUGUACAACGUGAUGAUAAUAUAUAAUGAUACUGUCCUGUAUACUACUAAGAAGGUAAAUCUUAGAUAGUCUUAACACACACACACACACACACACACACACACACAAAUACUAACUAUGUAGAGAUAACAGACAUUAAUUACUGAAAUUGUGGUGAUCAUUUCACAAUGGACAUAUCUAUCAAAAACAUCAAACUGUAUACUUUAAUAUAUGCAAUUUUAUGUCAAGAAUAUCCUAAUAAAGCUUAAUAAAC